ACCACGUCGGAUCGGAACAAAGUGAUCGUGCGGUGUUGAGCCGAAGCGUCCAGGAAGUCAAGUCUGGCGGACUGUUCAGGGUUGUCCUUGCGGGCAGGUUACAAUAGCCAUCGUCCGGAUAGCGACACAGCGGGGCUAUGUGUAAGGAGCGUCUGGUCUACUCAGAUGAUAAUUUUGCACCGCUGGCGUAGGGUGCCACUACGGGAGCCUCCUUAGGGUAGUGGAGUCGUCCCAAAAUAUCGGCGGUCGUUGCAGUCUUCACGGGUGGCGAGCGAGUACGGCAGUUCUCAGCAUCGGACGUUCGGUUGACGUCCUGAGGACGCGCAUCAGGAGUUCCCGAGUUCUAUGGGCUAGUUGUACGCGGGCCAGGUUAGGCACCGCACAGAACUUCGUCAGCACAGAAUCAUUCGUUGGAGCGAUGAAUCUAGCCGCGCGCUCCGUAGCGGCUUCGGGCUCAAGCCGGUUGAAUUCGCCCGUCGCCUGGAACCGGAAGGUGCAAGAUCCUCAGGGUUACUUCGACCUGGAAGCUGGGGAAACCGAACGCACACCGCUGUUGCUGACUCGCCGUGAAGGAGGAUCGCGAAAAUCUGGACGUUAUCCUUCGAAACAAACCACCGAUGCGGUUCAUCCGGUGGCCCUGGGGUUGAUGGUGGCGUUGCUGGUGUUCCUGCUGGUCGGUGUCGUGAUCGGUGUAUACCUGUUGCUGUUGCAGAUUCAACGUCCUUGGCCCGUGGCGCAUCCGUUCUUCCUAGUCGAAAGACCUGCCUGGUGGCCCUACCCAGUGGCACUUGAAGCGACCGUACUCGAUCGUCGGUCCGUUACUGAUGUGAUCGUUGUACACACACGCUCUGAGAGUUGCCAGAACCGGGAGGAAUGCGUACGUUUCCUGCAGAACACCGAGCGGAGCUGCUGGGCGGCUCGUGGCGAUCACAUUCCGUACAACUUUCUCAUCGGUGGCGAUGGUGUGACAUAUGAAGCACGUGGCUGGAAGAAGCAGCAUGGUUUUGGAGACCUGACUGGUCAGAACACGACCCUAGUGGUUGGAAUUGUCGGGGACUUCACCGAUCGACAACCGGCGGAUGUGCAGUACGCCGAGUUGAAGGCGUUUCUGAACGAGUCCAUCCGACGUCUUAGUCUUUCACCUCACUAUCGUCUGCGUGGAGCUGUCAACGAGACGCGUGACGCCAAUGACGGAGCAGCGAUGUACCGGCAGCUUCAACGGUGGUCUCACUGGAAAGGAUCUGUCAUCGUGUGAUCUCGAUCGAAGAUGUCGCAGCUGUAGACAUAGGAGGCAUAGACACGACCGGAACGGUUUAUUGGCAAUGCUUACAGCUUCCUGCCCGUAGCGAUCUCCAAAUCUCGUCCGAGUUCCCGUCAUGUAAACGUAGUCUUAAAGUAUUAUUUCAUUAGACGCACACGCGACCUCAUCCGAGGCGCGGUUCAUCCAAAUCUC